UUAUAUUCGACAUGUCCGUCUUUGCGUCGCUAAAGUUACGUUCAGCGCAGCGUGUAGAAGCGACGUAAAACAGGACAGCUGUUUGUUGUCCGCCCGUUCGCAUCCCUGACCGUCUCUCUCCAGGUUUCUGCAGACGGAGCUGGAGAGUGUGAGGAACACCGAGAGGCGACUGGAGGAACUUUUGAGUUUUCUCGCUCAAAAGUCAGAAAACCAAACGAAACGCUGCCCACAAUGUCUCUGAGCCAGACGUUUCAAGACGUAGAGGAGGACGGGGAGAAGCUCAUGGAGCUCAUCAACAGCAGUCAGCUCGAGAAACUGGAAGAAGUGAAAGUCGAACGCCAGGCCCUCGACGACAAGUACCAAGAAACAAAGAAGGCUGUGACGCAGAUUUUUAAAGACAUGGCGCAGGUCGAGGAACGCGCGGGCCAGAGGCUGCUGGACAUGGAGGAGAAGAAGCAGCACAGGCAGAAGGAGCUGGAGGACUUGGAGGAGCAGCUGCAGCGGUGCACGGCCAAAAGCCAGAUCAUGGACUCAGAAAUCCAGUUUCUGCAGACGGAGCUGGAGAGUGUGAGGAACACCGAGAGGGAACUGGAGACUCUGCAGAAUGAGGUGGAUGAAGACACCACCGAGGUCAUCCCGUCUGCAGUGUACGUGGCUCAGGUGUACUACCUAAUAACCAAGAUCAAGUGGGAGUACGACACGCAGCCCAACAUUUUGAAAGGAGUGCACUACGGUCCCGAUCUGGCCACGCCCAUCAACGUUGACACGUCUGUCCGCUCUCGAAGCGACAUAAGCGAUCAGCUGUGGGACUUUGUCAGCACUGAGUGCGUCAGGGACUAAAGCGGUGCCUGCUGUGUCAGAGUUGGUCACUAGAUGUCGCCAUAGAGCUGCUUACUGUUGAAGUGUGUUCAAACCAAGCCAG